AUGGGUAACGCGGGUAGCAACGGUGGAGGCGCCGCCGCUGGUCACCGCCGUCGGAGCUCCGGCCACGGCCACGGCCACCACCACCAGGCGCCGCCGCCUCCCCAGCCGCAGGAGACUGCGCCCAACCGCUACGUGUUCGCGGCCGCCACGCCGUACCCGCCCCAGUACCCUAACCCCAACCCGCCGCAGUACUACCCGCAGUACGGGAACUACUACCCGCCGCCACCGCCAUCCGUGCCGGUGCCCCUUCCGGCGCCGUACGACCACCACCACAGGCCGCCCACCGCCGCCCCCGGCGAGUUCCCGCCCCCGCCCCCCGCUCACCCCCACCACUACCCCGGCUGGGCUGGGCGGUAUCCCUCCUACGGCCCGCAUCUGCCUAUGCCGACGCCCUACGUUGAGCACCAGAAGGCCGUCACUAUCCGCAACGACGUCAACCUUAAGAAGGAGACGCUUCGGAUCGAGCCUGAUGAAGAGUGCCCUGGCAACUUCCUCGUCGCCUUCACCUUUGAUGCCACCGUCGCUGGCAGCAUGACUGUUUACUUCUUCGCAAAGGAAGAGCUCAACUGCAAUCUAACAGCAGUGAAAGAAGACCUAAUUAAGCCCGUUACUGUUAGCUUCAAAGAGGGCCUUGGUCAAAAAUUCAGGCAACCUUCAGGAACAGGAAUUGAUUUUUCAGUGUUUGAAGAAUCAGAUUUAUUAAAGCAGGGGGACGUGGAUGUAUACCCACUUGCAGUUAAAGCUGAAACAGCAUUGUCUGUUGAUCACCCACCAGAAGGGGAUGACCAAAAGAUGAAAACUCCCAACUCACAGAUCACCCAGGCCGUGUUUGAAAAGAAAGAAAAUGGGGAUUAUCAGGUAAGAGUUGUUUGCCAGAUCCUUUGGGUCAAUGGAACUAGGUAUGAACUGCAAGAAAUAUAUGGCAUAGGGAACUCCAUGGAAGGUGAUGCUGAUGCAAAUGAUCCAGGGAAAGAAUGUGUUAUUUGCCUCUCAGAGCCAAGGGAUACUACUGUCCUCCCAUGUAGGCAUAUGUGCAUGUGCAGUGAAUGCGCCAAGGUCCUGAGGUACCAGACCACUCGGUGCCCCAUCUGCAGGCAGCCUGUUGAGCGUCUCCUGGAGAUCAAAGUGAACAACAAAUCUGAAGAUCAGCAGCAGACGCCCAAAUCGCCACCGCUCCCAGCCCCAGCUCCGCAGCAGGAAGAUGUGUAG